GCUGUCAUUGCUGCAGACUUGGAAUGCCACAGCUCACAAUUACAUUCCAUGGUGUGGGGUCAGGAAGCCUUUGCUGGAGCCUUCAUAUUGUGCCUUGGCUGCCUGAGCUUCCUAACUUUUCUUUUGUUUUGUACCCUUUUCUCCCUCUCUCCAAAUUCUAAAUCCAGGGUGGGUGGGUUGAUCUGUUAAAACUACAUCAAGUCCUCUCACUCAAGGUGCAAGCGGGAGAGGAAAGUCAGUUUCUAGCUUAAGAAUGCUUAUGGAGUAAUUGAUGGACUUUGCUUGCCCUCAAGGUGAUGUGAUAACCCAGAGGAUCAGCUUGGCAUCUGAAAAAUGACAUUUAUCUUCUAUGACCACUUUAAUACAUUUUUUCAAGCUUCCUUCCUCACCUGAGUUUCCUUUUUUUCAUUCUGCACACAGUUUCCAAAGGUUAGGUCAUUCAUAAGGAUGCCUUUAGGUACCCCAAUGACCCCUAAUUAUUUCUAUUAAGCUUUAGUAGAUUCAUAUUACAAACAUAUGAAUGUUUAGAGGACACCAUCUCCACAAACAUCUCGUCCUAGUCCUCAAUCAUUUUUUGAUGAAGAUCUAUCCAGUCACCAAGUGUCUGCUCUGCCCUUCACUGACUACCCCUUCAUUUUCAAUAUUUUACUAAAGUAGUGACUCUACAUUCUGAAUUCUUUUGCAACUAUCUCCUUGUCCUCCUUAUCAUGCUCAAUGCCAUUUAUCCAUGAACUAGCCACUUGACAGAGAUCUGAAUCACUUGGGGAGUAAUUUUGAAAUGCAGGUUAGUAGACUUCAUUCUCAACCCAGUUAAUCAAUUUCCAUAAUAAAACCUCAGAAUCUAUAUAUAUUGCACAAAAAGUUCCUCAGACAUUUGUGAGUGUAAUCUGGUUUGGAAACCACUAAACAAAGGUAACGUCUUCCUAACUAGUAUUCCUGACUCCAGUUUCCCCUCCCUGUAGCUUAUCCUCUCGACUCCUAUAUAUACCAAAUAAAACUUACAUGCCACUCCGUCCUCUUAAACUUUUUGUGCAUGUUUACCACCUGAUAAGUAAUGUUCAAGAUGCUUCACAUGCCAUUCAAUUCAUUUUAUCACCCAGGCUCUUCAAGCUUCGUUUCCCUUGACCCUUCAUCCAUGUCUCACACACAGAAUUAUCCUAUCACACCGAAUCUUAUUCCCAUACAUAUAGCACAUAUUUAGAAUGUACAUUUUUCCAAAUCUGUUUAUUACUGCACUUUUAAGAAAUUUAAAUAGUUGUAUUUACUUUAGUUCCCCAAAAUAGAUUCCACCUAUUAUAGAGUUAUUAAACAAAGUAAAGAGGGCAUUCUGACCUGCACGGUAUUAUUUCAACUCUCCUAGCCCAUAUUUUCACAUUACACAUUCUUAAUGACUUUUGUUUUUCAUUUACUCCUUUUCAUUUUAGGCAACCUCCAGUGAGGACAUGGAAAAGGAAAAUGCAACACUGCUGACCGAGUUUAUUCUCACUGGACUUACAUAUCAACCAGAGUGGCAAAUACCCCUGUUUCUGCUGUUCUCAGUGAUAUAUCUCUUCACCAUUGUGGGGAACCUUGGUCUCAUUGUUCUCAUAUGGAAUGAUUCUCACCUUCACAUUCCCAUGUACUUAUUCCUUGGGAAUUUGGCAUUUGUAGAUGCUUGGUUAUCAUCCACAGUGACUCCCAAGAUGCUGGUCAUCUUCUUUGCCAAGAGUAAGAUGAUGUCUCUCUCUGAAUGCAAUAUACAAUUCUUUUCCUUUGCAAUCAGUGUAACCACAGAAUGUUUUCUCUUGGCAACAAUGGCCUAUGAUCGCUAUGUAGCCAUAUGCAAACCAUUACUUUAUCCAGUGAUUAUGACCAAUAGACUAUGUAUCCGGCUAUUAGUCUUAUCAUUUUUAGGUGGCCUUCUUCAUGCCAUAAUUCAUAGUGGUUUCUUACUCAGAUUGACCUUCUGCAAUUCCAUUAUAGUACAUCACUUUUUCUGUGACAUUAUACCACUGUUUAGGAUUUCUUGUACUGACCCUUCUAUUAAUAUAAUGAUGGUUUUUAUUUUCUCUGGGUCAAUACAGGUGUUUACCAUUCUGACUGUUCUUAUCUCAUAUAGUCUCGUUCUUUUCACAAUCUUAAAAAAGAAAUCUGUGCAGGGUCUAAAGAAAGCCUUCUCCACCUGUGGGGCCCAUCUCUUAUCUGUCUCUUUGUACUAUGGCCCCCUUCUCUUCAUGUAUGUGCGGCCUGGAUCUACACAAUCAGAUGAUCAAGACAUGAUGGACUCUCUAUUUUACACAGUGAUAAUUCCUUUGUUAAAUCCAAUUAUCUACAGCCUGAGAAACAAGAAAGUCAUACACUCACUGACAAAAAUGUUAAAGAGAAAUGCUUAGAUCUCCUACUUGUAUCUGUUUUCUUUUUAUUAAAGCAACACAAAAUUGUGCAGAUUAGAUGUUGCCAUGUGUUGAUUAGGGUUCAAAGGUUUGCAGUUAUAAUUGCCAUAGCUUAAUGACUUAAAGUUGCAGUAUCCAAAAUAUCUUAAAUAUGUAUGUACAUUAUCAAAUACAUAGAAUGAAUUCUAAGCAAGUGUUCGUUAUAAUCAUACUGUUCAUUAUGGUCAUACUAUAAUAAUUAAGGAAGAAAACAAAUAUAUUACACACUUGUAUGUUCUCAAUAUGGUUCAUAAAUGCAUUAAGUAUAAUAGUGCAAUUCUUCUGAAAAGAAUUUGAACAUGUAAUUUUCAACAGUAAUAUAUAUUAUGCAGUCUAAAGACUCACAUCACACUUAAUUCACAGUGCAGGCAGGGUUGUGUUUGAGUGAACAGAGGCAAAUCCCAGAAACUCUGCUAGUUAUCAAAAGGUGUGGCAUUCCACUUUAUAUGGGACAUGGCAAAUUUCACUUCUUGUGGGGAUUCAACUUGAUUAUCACAUAGAGAAGUAAACAGAAAAGAGAAGGCAAAGAAGAAAAAAAGAGAAUGGAGUUAAAACAAUGAACGUCAGGGAAAACUGUGAGUGCAUGCUCUCAGCCAAAUGUGCUCCUAGGGUUGCUUCCCAAAAUGAAUUACUGAAAGCCUUUUGAACAUACCUUCCUCUCAGGUACAUGCUUUUUUGUUCACACAGGUCUCCCUACAUAGAUUAGUAUCAGAAAGCUAAGAGAUGAAGAAUUUGAUUGGGAUAGCCAUAGAAAGGAAAAAGGAAGUGGCAGAAUAGGACAGAAAUUAUCUCAACCUUCCUAAAACAUUAAUGAAGCUGAUAAGAAAUAAGUAUUACAUAUAAGGUUAUUGGAAUGUAUUGACCACAAGAGGCUUCAAAAUGCCUAUUACCAAAGUUCAAUAAAUGUUAAGAUGAUAUGAUAACAGACUGCCAGUGGGUCUCUGGGAAAUACACAAAAGUGAGGAAGAGUUUGGAGGUUUUGUGCCCCAAAGUCCUUACGUGUAAGAGUUCAUCCCAAUGCAUACUGUUACUAUAAUGGGUGAGCCAUCUUCAGUUUCACCCUGCCCUUCCUCUCUCACGUAUGAUUCCAUACCCAUUCCUAUUAACAUAAUUGAGGCCUUUCUGCUAAAACUACUCUUAUCUGUCACUUGCAAUAGUCUUGUAACUUCUGCAUCCUGCUGAUAUUCUCUUACUUCUCAAGCUUUGCUCUCAGAAUAUUCUUCAUGAACAGAACUCUGAUUAAAUAAUAUCCAUCUUUGAUAACUUUUAAUGGAUUGUCAAUGAUUUCAAGUUACGUGCAUAUGUGGUAUAUAUAUCUAGAAUUUUAUAUAUCAUUAGGCAUCUGUUUAUUUGUUUAUGGACAUGUAGAGAACAUGAUAAAUAAAUGCGUCUACAUUAUACAUGUAUUACUCUGCAUUUGCUAA